AUGAUCUACUCCUCCGGAAGAGAGUCCUACUUCAACCUGAACUCGACGUGGUACGGUCCCUCGGGGUCGUGGCUGGACACCCGGCGCACGCCCUUCCGCUACGGCUACGGCUCCUGCUCAGGCUGCGAGGGCGAAGGCGUCGAGGGCAUGAGCGGGCACGACUACCGGCACUACGGCUACCGGCAGCCGGUCUGCUCGGAGCGGUGCCGCGGCUACGCCGACGCUGGCUCCUGCCACGGAGGCGGCGGGUCGAGCUGCGUCCGGAGGCCCACGUACAGCUACGGGCCGUCGAGGGGAUGCAACAGCUACGGGAGGUCGGUGUGCUCCGAGAGGUGCCACGGCUCGUCCGGGGGAGGCUGCCACGAGGCGGGCAGAGCCGCGGGCGCCGGGUCGUCGUCCUCGUGCCACGGCUCGGGGUACCCGGCGGGGAAGCCGAGCUACGGCGGAGCAGCGCGGCGCGUCCAGCAGUGCUGCCCGGUGCAAACGUACGCCCCCGCGACGCAGCGGGGCUGCGCGCCCGUGGCCAAGUGCUGCCCGAGCCAGCAGCAAAAGCAGGUCUGCAAAGUGCCAGCCCGGAAGAUAAAGUAA